CAAAAAGAAUCAAUUAUAUAAGAGGGGAGAAACUUUAUAGCGUUCUACAUAGUGUUAUUUCUAAAGGAACUUGGUCUCAUGUUACMUCGUUGACAUAUUAACUCAAGGCGAUUUAUAUUUAACCGUGUUCGUUGUUUAUUAAAGGUGCCUACAUGUGGUUCAUUGUCCACAGUGUCUUUAUACCGCGCWCAUCGGCUGUCACCGAAACUUAGCCUGUGAGAGGCUGAGUACGACGCACAGGGAUGAUAACACCGCUGUAGGUUCAGUACGAUAUUACAUCAUUGAAGAUGAAACAAGUUGCGUGCAGYGKUGAUGAAAAAUACAUUCAUGUUAGCUAAUUACCAUUCAACCAACUGAAGCGGAUUUUGAACAAUCAACKAGCUAUCUGUAGUUUAAAAAGGUGGGCUGUGUUCACCAGUCGGAASAACCAGCAACUACGCCGGGGUCACCAGCAUAAAAGACAUUGGAUUCAAUGACUUUCUAAGGAUUAUGGCGAGGGUAUACGCUUGUUGGGUAGGAUAUCUGGUGGCUGGGUUACUUCUGAACAAUUACUCUCCAGUAGAAAGCAUUCAAGGAAAACACACYGAGCCUGGAGUUUGUGUGGAUGUCUUCGAAGACUGCGUAAAUGAGCCGGAAUUUCAGCAAU